AUGGCUCCUAUCUACACCACUGACUCUGCCAACUCAACACUCUCAAACAAAGAGAAACAUAAACUGAGAAAACCAGUUGUGGAGAAGAUGCGUAGAGAUCGUAUCAACAACUGCAUUGAGCAGCUCAAGACCAUGCUGGAGAAGGAAUUCCACCAGCAAGAUCCCAACACCAAACUGGAGAAAGCUGACAUUUUGGAGAUGACGGUUGUUUUCCUGAAGCAGCAGCUACAGGCUCAGACCUCAGCCCCUCAGAAAGCUCACUGUGACGGCUACUCUCAGUGCUGGAGGGAGACCAUGCAUUUCCUGUCUGCCAACUCCAAGGUGAACGCAACGCUUCGCCAUUUGAACCACUGCCCAAGCACGCAAGGAGCAGCAAAAGAAGUCUUCCACUUGUCUCCAGUUACUUCUCAACUCAACCAUCUCCCUGUGAAGCAAGAGACCAGUGUCCACAGACCUGUCUGGAGACCUUGGUAG